CUAGGUGAUCUCAUGGACAAUGGACGAGAAUGGCAAGAUGAUGGCUUCUUUGAUAAGGAAGUGCAACGAUUCCAUACUAUUUUUCCACCCAACAAUCAUCUUCAUUAUAUGGCAGGCAACCAUGACAUUGGGUUUGGUCAGCGUAUCAAUGCUACUCGAGUAGACCGAUUUGAACACUAUUUUGGCCCUACUUUUUACACAUUUGAAAAACACGGCUUUCUAUUUGUCGUACUGGACACUGUGUCACUCUGCUCGAAUGAGUCAGCCAUUCCUCUCUUGGACAACAUUCCACAGCACCCUCGUACUUUGCUUUUUACGCAUAUACCUCUUUAUCGAGCAGCUUCACAGACAUGCGGGCCUUAUCGACGCCAGAGCAGAUCGAACUGGAUUCUGAAUGAAGCUGGCUACCAAUACCAAAACUUAGUGCCUGAACAUCUGUCCAACUUGAUUUUGGAUAAAGUGAAACCAUUGCUUGUGUUCUCGGGGGAUGAUCAUGAUUAUUGUAAAGUCAUUCAUCGAGACAAUGUGCCAGAAAUGACAUUGCCUACAUUUAGUAUGGCGCAAGGU